CCAAUUAAGACAUUAUAAAUGUUGGAGGGAACGGAAGUGCUUGUAGAAUGGAGACGACGGGUUUAUUCAAAUCCUCCAUGAGAUUUUUCUCCGAUCAAGAGCUCUGCUACGCCGAUAUCCUCACUCCUCAAGAGGUCCUUGCGAGAAUUCAAGUUGCGGUCCUCAAUUUCCUCAGAAUUCUCAGUUCCUCUACUCCUGCCAUCUCAAAUCUUCCUCUGAUUGAUCGAAGUUCGAGCAACAGCCGAGUUAAUCAAGGAAUUUUAACCGAUGAAUCUUGGAUUUUCCUUUCGCACUCCUUUUGUACGCGGUCUUUGAUGAGAGCCAAUGCUGCCAAGGCCUUUGUUAGAGUAUGGAAGCUGAUGGAGAUGUGUUCUCAGAUUUUGCUUCAGGAAAAGCGAGUGACGCAGAGGGAGCUCUUCUACAAGCUGUUCUGUGAUUCACCUGCUUAUUUCCCCACUCAGUUGCAUGUCAAUAGAACAAUUCAAGAUGUUGUAGCAUUACUUCGAUGCAGCCGUUUCAGCCUUGGAGUCAUGGCAUCUAGCAGGGGACUUGUCGCCGGCCGUCUUUUGCUUCAGGAGCCAGAACAAGAAACUGUGGACUGCGCUGCCUGUGGUACUUCUGGAUAUGCCAUUUCUGGUGACUUGGACCUGCUGCAGAAGCUGACUCUGAAGACUGAUGCUCGCAUGCCAUCUUCCAGCGGCUGGCGGAGGAUCGAGUUUUCAAUCACAUUCCCAGUAUUCUUAUCACUGCCAAAGGAUAUCCAGACAUGGCAACAAGGUAUUUUCUUCACAGAAUCAGCAAAACGUUUCCCCACCUGCCAAUUUUCGGCCUUGUUGAUUGGUAUGAUCCUCUUUAACAUCAACUCAGCAACAGAUUGUAGAAUUAUCUUCUCAUGCUUAGCUUCUGGGGUUCUUAAGGAACCCUGCUGGGUUGGCUAUAUUAUGUACCUUCAAGUAUGGAAGUAUCGGGAUGGGCUUAGAGGCAUACAGAUACGCUUGCAAUGUCAAAUGGCUAGGCAUGCGAGGAGACGAUGUACAACUUAUACCACAAGAAUCUUUGGUUUCACUCAAGCCCCGGGACCUACAAAUUGCCAAAAGCUUGAUGUCCUCGGAAAUAUUACAGGAGAAUUAUCGAGAAGAGCUGACCUUGAUGGUUGAGGGAGGGCAAAAGGCCGAACUUGAAGCUUUGUACCACAAUGGAUUUGAUUACUUGGAGAAGUACCUAGUUAAAAAGAUUAUUCAAUUUAAUUACAUCUGACAUGAUUUUCAAUCUACUUUAGUAGAUACAAAUAAAGGCCUGUUCGGAUACUUUCCAAGAAGCAUACGAAAUUUAAUUGUAACUUGUAGCAGCCAAAUUUUGAUAUAAA